CGCUUUUGAUCCCGGAGAUCCCCGGGGAACCGGCAAAAUCCACAGAGACGGUUGUAAAUCAGGAACGGAUGAUAUAGAGCUGUUUUGAAAGAGAUUUGCAUCGAAGUAGGCGUGGUUUGGUGCACGUGAGGAUCCAGAAAUUAUCCAGACGGGGACGGUCAGUGAUGUUGCGACUUGAGAAGUGCGUGGUUGAAGUGAGGAGGGAUAGUGAUCGCGCGAGUGGUUUGAGGUUCUAGUGAUGGUGAUCCAGUUUAUGUUGUGGAAGUCAGGAGGUUCAACUGAUUACAUCUAAAGCGAAAUUGACAAAAUCAUCAUGAACUACCACCCCUACUCAACCUACAACCACCUUUACCAACAACAGAAGGACAGGAUCAGUCCUUACGCAUCUCAAACACAAGUAUUCAGCGAUCAAAGGGACUUUGAGUCAAACCAAAACAUCGCUAAUAGAGACUUCGGAUACUACGCGAAGUCUAGGGGCUUCUACAAAAGCGCGGGCGUGGAAUAUUUCCGUAGAAACCUAGAGGAUAGAAGACGAGAUGCGACGGAUAGCAUGUCUACUAGCAGCAGGUCUUCUGAAGAUGAUGCUAAGUCAAGCCAAAGAGUAGAUCGGGGAUACGCAAGCGCCGAAGAUAGUUGCAGUGGCAUUGACGACGACGAGUCUCCAGUCGAUCCAAUGUCCACCGACCAUGACCCUUCCUCCAGCGAGCACCACGUCCUGGAACCCGCCAGCGGAUGCAUGGGCGGAAAGGAGGAACCACGUAGGUGUCUGGCAUGGGCGUGCAAGGCGUGCAAGAAGAAAACCGUUGCUGUGGAUAGGCGGAAAGCCGCUACGUUGAGGGAGAGGCGGAGGCUAAGGAAGGUGAAUGAAGCCUUUGAAAUGUUAAAGAAACGAACGUGCAAUAAUCCAGGCCAAAGACUACCGAAAGUAGAAAUACUUCGAAGUGCCAUAGAAUAUAUAGAAUACUUAGAAGAAAUACUGCAGGGUUCCAAAUCUGCUGCAGAAGGAAGUGAUAUUGUAGAUGCUAAAAACGAAUACGUGAAUAACACGAGCAACCAUUUCAUCUGUGAACGACUUCAGCAGUUUAGCGAACCCCUGCAAAAAUUUUCAACGCAAAAUGGUAAGCCGAAUUUAUGUGUAAUAAAAUGUGUUUUCCCUCGAUUUUUCUGAUAAUAAAAUUGAGAAUUUGUAUGCGCAAUAAAAAUACUGUUGAUAAACAGCAGCAAACGAGGUUGAAAUUACUUUAGUAUAUUUUAUUUGACACUCAGGGAAAUGUGAUGAGACCGACAAAAAAACGCAAGCUAAAAC